AUGUCCGAGAAUGGUACUGACGCAAAUGCAAAAUCUGAAAAUCCCAAUUUAACUAAUAGUAAAGAAACAAACGGCCAUGAAGAUUCCUCCACGCCACUUGCAAAUGGAGAAACCACUGUUUCGAAGCAAGACGAAGCGAAGGAGGAGCCGGCCGCUGACAAUGUCUUCCAAGUCACCAUCAAACUACCUCAUCAACCCUACCAGAUCCAGAUCAUGGUCUCCACACAAGAGCAGGUCCAAGACCUUCGACAAUCCAUAGUUGAAACCCCAGGCACUUUUCAGUACUCAUGUUUUCACCUGGAACAUAAAGGCGAACGGAUCAAUGACUAUCUUGAGCUUUCAGAGGUCAAAGGGUUUACUGCCGACUCAGAAUUGAAGCUGGUGGAAGACCCAUAUACAGAGAAAGAGGCUCGGAUGCACUUGAUACGGAUUCGGGAUCUUAUUGGGGCCGCCGGGAAUCGGGUCGACACGCUGCACGGCAUUUCAGCUGGUCUGUCACUUCACGACACAGUAUCACCAUGGAAAGAUCCUGCCGCACCCUCUGCUCCCACGGACAAACCAGCGGAUGCAAGCCCAUCCGGAGCUUCACAUGCUCUUGCAGACUACACCCUCGACGGUCCUCCCUCAAUGCGUACAAUCAUUCCUACAGACCAGGAGCAAUCCCCGAAAACAAUCAAAUCUCUUGGUGUUUCGGCUUGGAAUCCUCCACCACCGUUUCUCCGUCAACAAGGCCAUCUCCUCUAUCUACAGCUCACCACAAAUGAAGGCGAGCAAUACCAGAUCACUUCCCAUAUCUCAGGGUUCUUCGUGAACAAAUCUUCCAACAGCAGAUUCGAUCCCUUCCCAAGACCACCACCAAAGAAUGCAGCCGCACACUCACUCUUCUCUCUGAUCUCCGUCUUGUCACAGUCGUUCAGCAAGUCCUUUGACACAUUAUUGGAUGCGAACAACAAGCGGGAUCCAUUGGCGAAUUUUCAACUUACCAAUGCCAUACCUUCCAGUCCCUGGCUUGUGGCUCCUACAGCAACAUCCCUCUCGUCUCAUCAACCAGAUCUUACGAGGACUCAAGAAACUUUUCUGCUGUCUGGAGUUGAGAAUACAGAGACAUUGCGAGACUGGAAUGAGGAAAUACAGUCCACUCGAGAGCUACCCAGAGAGACGGUCCAGGAUCGAGUCUUCAGAGAGCGGUUGAUAUUUAAGAUAUUCGCCGAAUUCAAUGAGGCGGCUGCUCGUGGUGCAAUGAUGGUCGCACGUGGGGAAGUUGCGCCCCUGAAUCCUACGGAAAGCAAAGACGCACAGAUCUUUGUAUACAACAAUGUAUUCUAUUCAUUCGGAGCCGACGGCGUUGGUACUUUUACCUCAGAAGGCGGUGAUGAGGCUGCUCGAGUAGCUGUAGGAAAGGAUGUCUGUGGUGUGAAAGCCGUCAAUCAGCUGGAUAUAGCAGGCUUGGCAACCCCUGGCACCAUCAUUGUAGACUACCUGGGCAAGCGGUUGGUCGCGCAGAGCAUUGUUCCUGGUAUCUUCAAGCAGCGAGAACCCGAGGAACAUCAAGUUGACUAUGGUGGAGUGGAAGGUCGAGACGUCGUCGCUGAGAACGAGGCAUUUGUACCAACAUUCUCUCAAGUUUCCAAAGCUUUGAAAGUGAAGAAGCAUGCUGUUUGGGACAAAGAAGGCAAAAAGCACGUGCUCGAGGGCAGCGUUGAAACGAAAGGAUUGCUUGGUACAGACGGCCGCAAGUACAUCCUCGACCUGUAUAGACUUACGCCGCUGGAUGUUACUUGGCUCGAGGAACAUUGCAAAGAUGGCAAGGUACCUACUACUGAGUCUCAAUCGCAGAAUUAUCCUCACCGUAUGACCACUCUCCGACCAGAGCUUGUGGAGGCGUACUGGAGACUUAAAAUGAGUGAAUAUGUCCAAGAACAAGUGGAGAGUCGUAAGACCAGUGCUAAAGCGGAUGGGCCAGCUGCAAUAACAAGCGGUACAAAGGAAAGCCAAGUGAACCGUGUGGAGGGCAUGAACGGCGAACACCAGACUGAAACGGACAAGUCGUCCGAACCGAAAGACAACACCACGGAACAGAGUCCUGAAGAAGAUCGUGUAGACAUUUCGGCUUUCUCUCUAACUCUCAAUCCUGACGUCUUCUGCGGACAGGUUCCACAGACAGACGCAGAGAAGGAUGAGUGGGCGAAGGAUGAGCGCGAAGUAAGGGCUGUUUGCGCACACCUUCACGAGAAAGUCAUCCCCGAAAUGAUACAAGACCUCAAGGAGGGAGAGGUCGGAUUUCCAAUGGACGGCCAAUCUUUGAGUCGAUUGAUGCAUAGGCGGGGGAUCAACUUGCGCUACCUGGGUAAACUCGCUACUCUCACUGAGAAUGAGGAUGCACGACUACGAGCUCUUAAGGCACUGACUGUACAAGAGAUGCUCGCAAGGGCUUUCAAGCACGUUGCCAAUCGAUACCUGACCCAUCUACCAAUGGCCUUCGCUACGAAUUGCCUAUGCCACCUUCUCAACUGCUUUUUGGGCACAGGUCUCAACGAGAUACCGAAAGCACAGAUUGAUGACGAUCUCCGAGAAUUCUACAGGGACGCUGAUUAUUCAUUUGCAAAAGUCACACCUCACAGCUUGAAAGGAGAAGUGAAGACUCAGGUCCAGAUUCGGUAUCAGUACGUGUUAGAUGAUGCCUGGACACACGAAUUAAGACACAUUCAACUUUUGCGAAGCAUAGCGCUCAAGCUCGGACUGCAGCUGACCGCCCGGGAAUACCAUUUCACUCCAGAGACCCAAACGAACACCGAGCAGUCGAAGCCACAGGCCAAUGGAGUUGUGGAUGGGACCGCGAAUCAUUCUGGAAUGAACGGUCAUGCUCAUGGCAACGCCAACGGGAAGAAAAAGAAGAAAACCGGUGGUCGCACCUCUCCAGUAACAAACGGCUCGGACACCCCAAGCCAAGAAUCGACGUUCAGCCCGGGAGACAUAGCAAACAUGGUACCGAUCAUCAAAGAUGCCUGCCCAAAGAGCAUCCUUGCCGAAGAAGCUUUAGAAGCCGGCAAAAUUUCAAUGAUGCAGAAUCAAAAAGAAAUUGGUCAGGAGCUACUUCUCGAGUCGCUAACUUUGCAUGAACAGAUAUAUGGCAUUUUGCACCCGGAAGUGGCUCGAGUAUACCAUCAAUUGGCGAUGCUCUACUACCAGCUUGACGAAAAGAGCGCUGCUAUCGAGUUGGCCCACAAAGCGGUGAUCAUAUCAGAACGUACCCUUGGCAUAGAUUCAAAUGAGACGAUCCUGAGCUACCUCAACCUCGCUCUUUUCGAACACGGUAACCGCAAUACAACCGUUGCAUUAGCAUGCGUAAGACACGCUUUAGAGCUUUGGAAAAUCAUCUACGGCUCCAAACACCCUGACUCCAUCACCACACUCAAUAAUGCAGCUGUCAUGCUUCAGCAAUUGCAAUUCUACCCAGAUUCACGCCAAUGGUUUGAAACAUCGCUUGCCAUAAGCGAGGAAGUGUCAGGAAAACAAUCGGUCAAUACUGCCACGCUCCUCUUCCAACUAGCGCAAGCCUUGGUCCUAGACCAAGACCACAAAGGCGCUGUCCACCGUAUGCGCGAAGCUUACAGCAUAUUCCUUGUCAAACUCGGCCCCAAUGAUCCGAAUACCAAAGAAUCGGAGAAAUGGCUCGAACAGCUCACCCAAAACGCCGUGUCUAUGGCCAAGCAUGCAAAGGACGUGCAAGCUCGACGAAUGCGAAGAGUGGUUUUCAACCCGCGCGUGACCACCAUGGGAGCCCGCCCGCAGCCUCCAGUCGGCCAGUCUAAUUCGGAUUUGGCUAGCGGUCGUGAUAUCAGUUCAAGGAGUAGCAACAGCUUUGAUUCUCGAAGCAUCGACGAGCUGGUGAAGAUCGUUGAGGGUGGUGGUGAAAUUUCCAAAUCAUCAACAGGAAAGAAGCGGACGACUCGCAGCAAUCCGAAGCGCCGUGGCGGAGCAGCUCAGGCCUGA